AUGGGGAUCAGUAACGAGCAAUAUCCAACCAAGGAUGGUGCAGCAAACAUUCAUUACGAUGAAGACGACCUGAGGGUAAGCGGGAUAGAGAAGACAUUAAACAGAGCUUCAUGGACUUUGUGGAUAGAGUUUUGGUGCUGCAGGGUAACUCUCCACUUAAAAAAUUAUCCCUUUGAGUAUGCUCCUGUGGCUGACACAGAUCGACUGGAUGGUUGGAUAAGCAGUGUGUUAGCACGUGGUGUUUCGGAUCUUGAUCUAAAUAUCGUUCUGCAUCUUGAUCUAAAGAUCCCUGGGGAUUACUAUCAGCUGAAAAUAAACUAUGGGAUUGGUGUUGGUUGGGUUGCUGGUCGCGUUUUCUUACCGUUGCUUAAAACUCUGAUUCUUGACACAGUUCCCGUUUGUCCACGUGAGUUUGAGAUUCUGCUUCAUGCUCUACCUUCCCUUGAGGAAUUGGUUCUGACUCAUGUAGUGUGGAAAGGUAUGGAUGUCACAGUGUCAAGUGCGAGCCUCAAGACCCUAACAAUAAACUCAAUCUUUGUUUUCAACGCUUUAUCAUUUGAUACGCCAAGUCUCCUUCACUUUGAGUGCUCUGGUUUUGUUGCAUCGGACUAUCCACUAGUUAAUAUGGGAAACUUGGUUGAUGCUCAAAUCGACUUCUUCUUAAGUCAACUGCAUAUCAAGCAACUUAGAGAACCAGAUCUUGAUUGGUUUGACAACCAAGUUGCUCUCCGGUUUAGUAAUAGGUGGAAUCGAGGUCUUGUCAUACGAAAUGUGUGGAAUUUCUUUCAUGGCUUACGAAAUGCUCCGAAUCUUGACUUGUUUCCUGAUACUCUUGAGGUGCUUUCUAUGUGCUCUGAAUCGAUGCCAGUCUUCAACAACCUCAAAUCAUUAGCUAUUGAGAGUCACAAGUCUAGAGGAUGGCAAGCAAUGCCAGCUCUUCUAAGGAACUGUCCAAAUUUAGAAACUCUUGGUCUCGUGCACCGUGUGACAGAUAAGUGUGGGGAUGUUUGCUGCUGCAUCUCUCGGGAGGACAAAGGACUUUCACUCACACUUUGUCCAGUAAAAGUGAUGAAGGUCCAUGGGUUUGAAGGAACAAUGGAAGAGAUGGCGAUGAUAAAGCAUUUCUUGGACUAUUUUCCAUGUUUGAAGGAGAUGGAGGUCUAUGCUGCUGAAGAGAAUAAUAAUCCUACACGGGUAGGAGGAAACCAACGUGUCUUGGAGAUGUUCGAACUCUACAACAAGUUAUCGAGUUGCAAUGUCCAGCUCCGCAUAUGA